AAAGCAGCUUCCUGUUAUCUCUGGCCGAGAGGCUGUAGUUUCCGGGCAGAGACGAAAGGGUUAGAGUGUGGAGGCAGUUCUCGUGCUCUUCAUCUACCCCUGAGGUACAUUGGAGAAUAGCCAGAGAGGAAGAGAACCAUGGGAAGAGAAGUGCAAGGAGCUGAGAAGCUGAGUUCACUAUGUGUUGUGGAUGCUCUUUUGUGUCCUAGCUAUCAUGUGAUGGUCUAAGUGAAUUGCUGGAGGACUGGAGAUGCUUUCAGCUGUGGAAAACGGGCUAGACCCUAAGGCAGCUAUCCCAGUGAUUAAGAAGAAGCUGGUGGGGUCUGUGAAGGCGUUGCAGAAACAGUAUGCAGCCUCUGAUGCUGUUGUCACCAGUGAAGAUGGAGAUGCCAACAUCAUGUGCAGUGCCUUGGAGGCUGUGUUCAUCCAUGGCCUGCAAGCUAAGUACAUCAAGGCUGAUGCUGGAGGAAAGAGGAAGAAAAAAGGUGGCCAGACACCUCUGCCUCAGCCAUCUUUCUGGCCUCUCCUAAAAAUCAUUACUCACAGAAACACAAUUACUGAUUUAGAGCAUUUGACCUUCAUCAAUACAGAUGUUGGCCGCUGCCGAGCCUGGCUGCGGUUGGCCCUGAAUGAUGGGCUAAUGGAGUGCUACCUGAAAUUGCUUCUACAGGAGAAGUCCCAUCUCUGUAAAUAUUAUCAGCCAACAGCCUUGCUACUAGAUCCUGAGGAGAGUGAGAUCUUCCUCAGUUUAUUACAAGGAUUGACUUCCUUGUCCUUUGAACUCUCCUAUAAGUCUGCCAUCUUAAAUGAGUGGACCAUCACACCACUGGCACUGUCUGGCCUUUGCCCACUAUCAGAGUUGGAUUCUCCAACUGGAGGUGUGGAAUUAUAUCGGAAGAAGUCCCUGGAUUCCAUUUCACAGUCUUCAGGCUCUGAGGACAUUGAGGUCCAGCACUCAAGCAAUAAGAUUAGAUGUGGCAUGAAGCUUACUUCCUCCUCUCUCAGCCUCAACACAGCCAGCUCCUCUCAGUUGUCCUGCAGCCUGAACUCAGACAGUUGCCUUCUCCAGGAGAAUGGUACCAGGAGCCCUACCCGCUCUGAGGAGCCUAUGUCCUAUGACUCAGACCUAGGGACUGCAAAUACCUUUGAUUCAGACAGGUCUUUGCAAGACACUACAGCACACCUACAUUUGGAUGGAUCUGCAGGACUGCUCACCGCUCCAGGAUGCCCUUUGGAUAUCAACCACAAACAAGUGCCAGUAUCCCUGGUUUCAAGUGCCCUGAGGUUGCCUCAGCCUUGUUUGACUGACAUUGAUCAUACAGGCAGAAGUUCAUCCCUACAGCUUUAUUGUCCUAAGGAAGAGACACGAGCACCCUGUGCAUCAAAUGGCCAGGAGACGAGCCAGGAGCAUGCCAGCUCAGAGAUGGAUUAUUACGUUGCUUCCUCCGCUCCCUCUCCAGAAAACAAAAGCUGGAUCUCAGAAGAUGAUUUCUAUCGGCCUUCCCCUGAGAGGGUCCCAGAUAGUGCUUCUGAUCUCUCUGAGGAAGGGACCCCAGAGACAAGACCUGACGUCCAUAAUCCUGCUUCUGAAGGGCCAGGGAAGAACCACUUUAUGGGCCCCUCGGAUCAAGCUUGUGUGCCUUCCUUGGAAGCCAGGCCAACCAAACCAAUCCCUGAUCCAGAGUACAAACACUUCUGGGUGGUCCAUCGGAGACAGAUCGGGCUCUACAACCCAUUCAGGGGCCUCAUAAAGCUGGGUACGCUGGAACGCCGUGGGGCCAUGGGCAUCUGGAAGGAGUUCUUCUGUGAGCUCUCCCCGCUUGAGUUUCGCCUCUAUCUGAAUGAUAAGGACCGGGAGUGUGUAGAGAAUUGCUCCCUUCUUCGAUGUGAGUCUGUGGGGCCAGCCCAAAGUGAUGGGCGCUUUGAGUUGGUAUUCUCCAAAAAGAAGUUGACAAUGCGUGCUUCCUCCCAGGAUGAGGCUGAGGAUUGGUUGGACCGACUGCAUGAAGCACUGCAGAAAUGCCGACCUCAGCAAGAACAAGAAUGGGAAACACUCCAGCCCCCAGACCCACUGGAAGAUCUAGAGCACCCCCAGGGCAGCUCCUUUAGCCACCCCAUCCCAGUCUCCCAGGAGGAAGCAUCUUUAGAUGGCCAUUUUGAUUGGCCAUUUCCACUCAUGCCUGAACUAGAUGCUAUUAAAGAAUCAGUUCUUUACAUGCAUACAGAGAAGACCUGGACUCCCUUAAUUUUUUCCUUGUCUUUAGAAUCUUUAAAAUGCUUCAAAAUGAGAAACAAUGAAAAGAUAUUAAGUGAUAGCCAUGGGAUUGAAACAGUCCGAGAUAUUCUCCCUGACACAAGUCUGGGGAGCCCAGCUUUCUUUAAAAUCAUCACAGCCAAAGCCACCUUGAAACUGAAGGCCCAGAGUGCAGAGGAGGCAACAGCCUGGAGAGAGCUUGUACGAAAAGUCUUAACAUCCUAUUUGGAAACAGCAGAAGAGGCAUUGACUCUUGGUGGAAGCCUAGAUGAAAGUUCCCAAGAAAUCUUGAAAUAUACAACAGGGAAAAAUGGCUUCCUGUUGCAGUACCUGGUGGCCAUCCCCACAGAGAAAGGACUGGAUUCCCAGAGCUUCUUUUGUGCAGGCUGCUCCAGACAGAUUGGAUUCUCAUUCGUGAGACCCAAGCUCUGUGCCUUCUCUGGCCUCUAUUACUGUGACAUCUGCCACCAGGAUGACAGUUCAGUGAUUCCAGCCAGGCUCAUCCACAACUGGGACCUCACCAAACGCACCGUUUGCCGCCAGGCCCUAAAGUUCCUAACUCAGAUCCGGAACCAGCCCCUCAUCAACCUACAGCUGGUGAAUAAGUCUCUUUAUGACCAUGUGGAGCGGAUGAACCAUAUCUGGAGAAGCCGGGAGCAGCUUAAACUCCUAGGUGACUACCUGACCUUGUGCAGAAGUGGGGCCCUGAAAGAACUGAGCAAACGCCUUGACUACCGAAACUAUCUGUUAGAGUCUCCUCACAAGUACAGCGUUGCUGACCUCCAGCAGAUUGCUGAUGGGAGUUUUGAGGGAUUCCUGCAGGAUCUGAUCGAAUUCGCUUCCCAGCAUGUCUAUCACUGUGAUCUGUGCACCCAGCGGGGCUUCAUUUGCCAGAUCUGCCACCACAAGGGCAUCAUCUUCCCUUUUGAGUUUGAUACCACAACACGGUGCAGAGAGUGCAAAACCGUCUUCCAUGUCAGCUGCCAAGCCCAGAUGAAGAACGGAUGUCCCCGUUGUACCCGCAGAAGGAAGUAUCAGGAGCAAAGUCUCCAUACCUAACCCUUUGCCAUCAGCCUUGUGUGCUUCUCUACCUCAGGCCACCAGGGAAAAGAAGACAUGGGUUUAACAUUCAAAUGCAUUUCCAGCAGGGACAGCGUGUGCGGAUUAAGGGUGGGGAAAAAACCCAUCAUCCAUCUCCCCGCCCCCUUCGGCAUUGACUGGAGGGCUCACCCAGCUGACUCUAUAGCAGUCACCCACCUGUCCAGCCCCUGGGAUGUGAGCACUGGAAAAGCUACUGAAGAAGCAUCGGUCACUUCAUAUACAGGACACGAGAAGCUUUUGCUGCCAUGGAAUGCCCCUAAAGACUGAUUGCCUCUAUUUGCACUAAUCAGGUACUGGCCUUUCCCAGUCUCCCUUUUCAGGGACCUACACCUCACCUCACUUCACCUCACCUCACCUAAGUCAGCCACUGGCACCCACUGUGGAAACAAGACUUAAGGACAUUCUAAAUUCUGCAUUACUGAUUAAAUGCUCUAGUUUUCUAAGGUAUACUUUUUCUUUUCCUCCCUUUGAGUGGAAAAAAUAUUUUUUAUAUUUGAACUCUGCCCAGGCCACCCAAGAUAUCCAGUCCCACUCACGAUGGGGUGGGAACACAAGUGGCUGCUUGAAGCAACAAAGAAGAUGGGGGUGCAGCCCUGGGCAGGGUUUGGAAGCCUGCUGUGUGUCCUGAGGGGCCCUGCUGAACUCCUUCUGAGCAACAUUGUGCCAAAUAGCCCCGAGUGCCUGAUGGUGGAAUCAGAGCCCAGGCAGAUGCGUUUUCUUUUUCCUUUUUUCAUCUCUCCUCACAACUGAGAAUCCUGGCCCCCUUCUCUUUGGGGGAGGAGCUUUGGACUGCCUCGUUUGCUUCUCAUCUUGGAUCCUCAUCCCAACUGGAGACCACCACAAAACCACGCAAAACCAGCACUAAAAGCACUUUCCACCUUCCUUGUUCUUUAGGAACAUGGACCAGUGUCCUGCUUCUUUCCCCCCUGAAAGACAGCCUCAGACUAGAAGGGGCAGAAAUGGCACAGCCAUUCAGGAGUGGUCCGGGAGCUUCUGAAGUCUCCUUGACCUGCUCGUGUUUGUCACUGUCUGUGACAGAGGCCUGGCCUCAGGGAUACCUGGCAUCCCUCCCAUCUGCAGGUCUUCCAGGCCCUGAAGUGCAACAGUGGCUUCUCCUGCUGGCCACGAAUCAGCAGCAGCAGCAGCAGCCUCUGCCUGGCAUGCACCUGUCCCUCACUGGCCCCAUCGAAGGCUGAGCAUGGGGGAAAGAAUCUGCGUGGCAGCCCCAACCGCCCAGACGGAGCUCCUGCACCAAGCCUUGUGUUUAAAGGGAAAUUUAAUCACAUCUUUAUAUGAAGCCAUUAUUUUAUGAGACAUUUUUCAACUCAUCCAUUAGAGAGGCAUUGUAAGAGACUAUGAACUUGUUCAUUAACAGAACUAGCAUUAGAAUUGGCGUGGAGGAAGGGGGAAGAGAAGGAGUAUGCGUUUUUUCCUUCAAAGAAAUGAGGUGCUCACCCCCCUGGGGGUUUCAGGUGACUCAUUUGUUUUCAUCCACCAGCUGGCACGGCCUACUGCCGAACAAUCCAUUCCUAGGGCUCCUUCCUCAGCCUAGAUACCUGCAGAUUAAGGGCACAACAUGGCAUUUGAGGCACAAGGUGGCUAUUAUUGCUGGCACUGUCCCUCCCCUGCCCCCACCCCAGGAGGGAGCUGCUUGGGCUGACUAAGCUUCUGAGUCACCUGCCUAACCCAGUAGAACUGUGUGCAUUGUGCAAUUGAUGGAGGCAGAGGCCGGGUGUAGGGAGGCUUCUGUCAUUCCUGUUCCCUGUUGCCACCUGCAGAUAGCCAAGUACCCAGGCCCUCUACAGCCUUUUGGGAUAGUAACUGUGUCACCCAGACAAGUGACCACAAUUCAUUUAAAGCCUUAAUUGCCCCAGUUUUCCCAGCUGAUUGGCCCUGUGUCUGUAUGUGUUUGUGUGUUGGAGGCGAGGAGAGUAUGAAUGUGUGCUGGCCCUGCAUGGUGACUUUUCUCCAACAUCCAAGUGACUGUAUUCAUUGGAUCCUCCCUCAUCCCCUCCACAUGUGACCCUGCUCCCUCAUUACUGCCAUCUCUGGGUUUCUGUGCAUUCAUUUUUAACCCCUCCCAAAUUAGCCCCCAAAUCUACUUCUGUUUUCACAAGUGUUGACUUUAUUCCCCAUCUGGCUCAAAGCUAAGUGGAUUCCAAAUGGUGCCUGUGUAGGUUUUGUGUUUUUAAUUUUAUUUUAUACAAUAAACCAUUUCUUGUGAGUGGG